GGUAGGGAGCGCUGUGGCGAAUUUGGAUUAGUUAACUCCACCAAAAAGGAAAAAAAAAAAAAGGGAGUAUAAAUUCUGAGAUCCCAAAUCUAUCAAUCCUCCUCAUUCCAUUUUCACUUAAAAAAAACCCAUAACCUACUGAAACUUCACAUUCCAACAAUGGCAACCAUUGAUCCAAGAAGUGGUUAUUGUCCAUCAAACUCAAUAUUCUACAGCAAACGCAAACCAAUUACCUUACCAUCAAACCAAUCCAUCGACGUAACAACAUUCAUUUCCUCAAGAGCACAUAGUGGAAAAAUCGCAUUCAUUGAUGCUUCGUCAGGCCAAAAGCUAAGUUUUACCGAUGUAUGGAACGCCGUAGAAGCCUUAGCCAGUUGCCUUUCUGUAAAUAUGGGCAUUCGUAAAGGCCACGUAGUUCUCCUCCUUUCUCCAAACUCCAUUUACUUCCCUAUAAUUUGUCUUGCCGUCAUGUCACUUGGAGGUAUAAUCACCACGACGAAUCCACUCAAUACUAGCAGUGAGAUCUCUAAACAAAUCAAAGAUUCGAAGCCUGUGCUGGCUUUCACAAUCCCUGAGUUGCUCCCGAAGAUUACAGGAUCUAAUCUACCAGUGAUCCUCAUCAACGGAGAAGAAUUAGCAUUUACAUCUGAUUCCAAACUGAGAAUUAUUGGUACGUUAGAAAAACUGAUUAUGGAAAAACCAGCUGAGAGAAGGAUGAAGGAAAGAGUGACACAGGAGGAUACAGCUACUCUGUUGUACUCGUCCGGCACAACAGGUGCAAGCAAAGGAGUUAUUUCAUCACACAGGAACCUGAUCGCGAUGGUACAGACGAUCGUGGGAAGGUUCAAAUUAGAUGAAGGAGAACAGACAUUUAUAUGUACAGUUCCUAUGUUUCAUAUAUACGGAUUGGCAGCAUUUGCAGCUGGAAUAUUAGCAUCAGGAUCGACAGUAGUUGUGUUAUCGAAAUUUGAAAUGGACGAAAUGCUUUCGUCCAUUCAUAAAUAUAAAGCAAGUUAUUUGCCUUUAGUGCCACCUAUUCUAGUAGCGUUAGUAAACAACGCUGGACUUAUUCAAAAGAAAUAUGAUUUGAGUAGCUUGAAAAACGUUCUUUCAGGCGGUGCUCCCUUGAGUAAAGAGGUUACUGAGGGGUUUCUGGAGAAGUACCCCUCCGUUAGGAUUUUGCAAGGGUAUGGAUUGACUGAAUCAUCGGGGAUUGGUGCUUCGACUGAUUCAUUGGAGGAGAGUAGGAGAUAUGGAACAGCAGGGAUGUUGUCGCCAAGUAUGGAGGCGAAGAUUGUUGAUCCGGAGAGUGGAGAGGCUUUUCCGGUGAAUAAAACCGGUGAGCUUUGGCUAAGAGGACCUUCCAUUAUGAAAGGUUAUUUCAGUAACGAAGAAGCUACUGCGUCCACUCUAGAUUCAGAUGGAUGGUUAAGAACUGGAGAUCUCUGCUAUAUAGAUGAAGAUGGUUUCAUUUUUGUUGUUGAUAGAUUAAAGGAACUGAUCAAAUAUAAGGGUUAUCAGGUUCCUCCAGCAGAAUUAGAGGCAUUGUUGCUCACUCAUCCAGAAAUUUCUGAUGCUGCUGUCAUACCGUUUCCGGAUAAGGAUGUUGGACAGUUUCCUAUGGCAUAUAUAGUACGAAAAUCUGGAAGUACUAUAUCAGAGAGUGCAAUCAUGGAUUUUGUGGCGAAACAGGUGGCUCCAUACAAGAGAAUUCGGAGAGUUUCAUUUGUUGCUUCCAUACCAAAGAAUCCUUCUGGCAAAAUACUUAGGAAGGAUCUAAUAAAGCUAGCAACAUCUAAACUCUGAGAACAAAAUUUAGGGUUAUUUUUGCCUUGUAAUUGUAACUUUCAGCAGCUAUAGUUUGUGAUGCAGAGUUGUUACUGUGACAAUUAAUGAGUGUGCAUAAUGAAACUUGUUCUUGAUGAUUAUAAAUAAUUUGAAGAGUUCUAUUGUGUCAA